CUCUCCUAGCCAUGGACAACUCCAGCUUACAGGAACUCCAGCAACCCUUGUUGCCAAGCACAGCCUGUGACCUCCUGUCCCCCAAGUCUGACAAAGUAGAGCUGGGACCCUUCUUCCCAGAAACAGUCUUUGCGGAGUCCCUGAGAGGCCGGCAACUCCUUCACUCACCUCUUCCUUCCGUGAGCGGGGGCCUCGGGGAGCCUGAGACCCCUGACCUUGAGGACACAUCAUCCAGUGACAGUGACUCAGAUUACGAGGGGGGCGACCGCCUCUCACCUCUUCUGCCCCAUGACCAUCUCGGCCUGGCGGUCUUCUCUGUCCUGUGUUGUUUUUGGCCCGUGGGCAUCGCUGCCUUCUGCCUGGCCCACAAGACCAACAAGGCAUGGGCCAAGGGGGACAUCCAAGGGGCAGGGGCCACCUCCCGCCGUGCCUUCCUGCUGGGGGUCCUGGCCGUGGGUCUGGGCCUGUGCACAUACGCCGCUGCCCUGGUGACCUUGGCUGCCUACCUUGCCUCCCGAGCCCCGCCCUAGUUGCCCUCCGGCCCCCACUGUGAAUGCAGAGGCCAGAGGCCCAGUGAACCCGUGAGAGGAAUGGAUGAUCUCCGCGUAUAUGGUGAUGGCGAGGACCACAGAAUCCAGAAAUGAGAGUCCGCUGCUUUCCUGGCCACCCCACCCAGAAGGAAACAAUGGGAGAGAUU